CCCCCCCAAGGUAAACGGCCAAUCAGUGAACCUGCCUUACUCCACGGAAGGCGGAAAGCUUUCCUUGUUCCGGGGUGGCUUCUUUGGCAUUGUGACGACAUCUUUUGGUUUGACACUCAGCUUCAACUGGAACAGCCACGUCAGCUUGACGCUGCCCAGUUCAUUCGCUGCUGCUACAGCUGGCUUGUGUGGAAAUUACAAUGGCAAACCUGGUGAUGACCUAAUGAAGCCGGAUGGCACCCAGGCUAAACACAUUAAUGAAUUUGGACACAGCUGGAAGGCAGGAGGUGACGCCGGCUGCACGAGUGACUGUCCUGAUGGGAAAUGUCCUGAGUGUGAGCCUGCACUGCUACUGCGUUACCAAGAGCAGCGCUACUGUGGCAUCAUCGCUGACAAGCUUGGACCCUUCAGACAGUGUCACAGUAAACUGGACCACGCCCCCUUCCUCAAAGACUGUGUUUUUGAUCUGUGCAUGUACCAAGGCCACGCCUCGGCCCUGUGCAACAGCCUAUCAGCUUUCAGCUCCUCUUGUCAACAGGCCGGAGCUACAGUGGAGAGCUGGAGAACUAAAGAGUUCUGUCCUCCCUCCUGUGCUACAAACAGUCACUAUGAUCAGUGUGUCCCCCCCUGCCAGCCCACCUGCAGUGGUCUGGCCCCCCCUGAGGGCUGUGACAAGAGCGUGCCCUGCACAGAAGGCUGUGUGUGUGACGAUGGAUUCAUGCUGAGUGAUGACAAGUGUGUCCCUCUGGCCGAGUGUGGCUGUCAGUACGAAGGACAGUAUUAUAAAACUGGACAGGUGUUCUAUCCAGGCCUGUCAUGUAACACUCGCUGUGUGUGUUCAGAAGGUGGAGAGGUACAGUGUGAUCCUAAAUUCCACUGUUCAGCCAAUGAGCAGUGUGUUGUGAAAGGUGGCUCCGCCUCCUGCUCCCCCAGCAGCAAAGCUUCCUGCUCCGUGAGUGGAGUCCGAACAGUCCGGUCAUUUGAUGGAAAGGCCUAUCCUCUGUGGGGAAACUGUCUGUUCUUGUUGGCAGCGGUGGACGAGAAGGCAGGAGGGAUGGCUCCCUUCUCUGUCAAUGUACAACAGCAGACCAACAAGGAUGGCUCGGUCUCCCGCACUGUGGAGCUCCAGGUUUACAACAUCGAAAUCACUAUGGAGACCGGGGUUCAAUGGGAAGUCAAGGUUAAUGAUGUCAGAGUCUCCCUUCCUGUGAUACUGGCAGACGGAAAAGUGCGAGUGAAUCAAAAUGGCAUCCACACCAUCAUUGAGACUGACUUUGACCUGAAGCUGACCUAUGACAGCAUGGCGGGCAUGCUCUUACAAGUCCCAUCCACCUAUCGCAGCUCACCACGCGGUCUCUGUGGCAACUAUAACGGCGACCUGUCUGAUGACCCGUCAUCAGCUGCAGCUUGGCUGGUAAAGACAGAAAACGCUGUCUGUGAGGCGAGCUGUGGGGCCACUUCCUGCCCAGAGCCAGAGCAGCAGAAGGUCCCGGAAGCCCAAAAGGACUGUGACAUCAUCAAAGCCGAGCAGGGCCCAUUUGCAGGUUGCCACUCAACAGUGCCCCCAACUCCCGACUACGAGGCUUGUGUCAGGGAGAUGUCCACGGGCAAACGAAGCGUGGACGUCCUUUGUCGUCACAUCCAGAAUUACGUUGCCGCCUGUCAACUAGCCGGCGCUACGAUAAGCAAAUGGAGGAGCGACAGCUUCUGUCCUGUGCAAUGUCCUGCAGGAAGCCACUAUGAGCUGUGCUCCUCCGCCUGCUCCUCCACCUGCUCCUCCCUGCAGAGGUCCGACCCCUGCCCGCCGUGCCAGGAGGGCUGCCAGUGUGACGGCAGCCUCAUGUCUGACGGGGGCCGCUGCGUCCCGGUGGAGCAAUGUGGCUGCGUGGUGGGGGGGAAAUAUUACAAGUCGGCUACGUCAGUGCUGCGAGACGACUGCACAGAGCGCUGCGACUGCCAGGCCGGACGCUUCAGCUGCAACUCCACCAGCUGCCAGAAGGGCGAGGAGUGUCGCAACCGCGAUGGAACCGUCGGCUGCUACGCCAUAGACCCGUGUGCUGAGGUCCGUUGCAGGGUAAAGGAGCAAUGUAAGGUGACAGAAGGCCGAGGAGUGUGUGUUCCUGAUUCCAAGGCCACGUGCUGGGCUACAGGGGACCCCCACUACAGAACGUUUGACGGCUGGGACUACUCCUUCCAGGGAACCUGCACCUACGUCCUCGUCAACACCACAGGGCUCGACCUGUCCCUGCCAAAGGUAACCGUGACCACCAAGAAUGAGCUCCGUGGGAACGAUGUAGGCUCUUUUGUGCGUUCAGUCACUGUGGAGAUGUUGGGCCACCGCAUAUUCAUCCCGACUGAAAGAGGCGUCAUAUUGGUGGACGGGAUUAAGACAACACUUCCUGUCCUUCUUGAAGCAGGCAGCAUCUCCAUCACACGAUCUGGAAUUAAAUGCGUAAUACAAAGUGAUUUUGGCGUUAUGGUCACUUUUGAUUGGUCGACACAAAUCAUGGUGACCAUGAGCAGCAGUUACUAUGGUAACGUGGGCGGGCUCUGUGGCAACUACAACGGGAUCAAGGAGGACGAGCUGGCAGCCGCCGGAGGCAGCACAGCGGCGAACGUGACCCAGUGGGCGGGGCUGUGGAGCAUCGAGGACUACGACCCCUUCUGCUUCCACUACUGUGACGGAAAGUGUCCCCAGUGCUCCGACAAGGACCGCAUCAGGUACACCGGUCCAGAGUACUGCGGUAUUAUGAGCGAUACAAAGGGGCCUUUCUCUGGCUGUCAUGGUACAGUGCCGGUACAAAAGCCUCUUUCCUACUGUCUGUAUGAUGUCUGCACUAAUGAAGGACGGAAAGAAGUGCUGUGUGAGGCCCUGAGCAACUACCUGGCAAAGUGCCAGAAUGCUGGAGCAUCAGUGUUGCCAUGGAGAUCAUUGGCCAACUGCUCUGUUUCGUGUCCCGCCCACAGCCAGUACAAGGUGUGCGGCUCCGCCUGUCCCCCCAGCUGUGGACCCCAGCCAGAGGUGUGCCCUAAUGUCUGUGUAGAGGGCUGUUUCUGUGAGCCGGGAUAUGUGCUCAGUGGAAAAGAGUGUGUUAUUAAGGAGAAGGGCUGUGGCUGUAACCAUAACGACCGCUACUACCUGCCUGGCGAAGUGUUCUGGGCAGACUCGCUGUGUAACGAGAAGUGUGUGUGUGAUGCAGCGACACAGAAGGUGCAGUGUAAGCGCACCGCCUGUCGCCCCGGAGAGAAGUGCAGCACUGUGGACGGAGUCCAGGGCUGUUAUCCAAUCGGCUUCAAGUCCUGCUCUGCGCAGGGAGAUCCACACUUUCUGUCCUUCGAUGGACGCAAGUUUGACUUCCAGGGAAACUGUGUGUACAAGCUGGCCAGCGUUUGUGGAGAUGCAACGGAUCUAACGCACUUUGAGGUGUACCUGGAGAAUAACAACCGUGGCAACAAGAGAGUGUCAUACGCUAAAGUGGUGACUGUUAAAGUCUACGGCAACACAUACACACUCUCAGUGGACUACCCAGGCAGAGUACUGGUGGACGGGCUCGAAAACUCCCUUCCCUUCUCCAAUCAAACACGGGUCCAGGUUUAUCGUCUACACCGACGGGCUGUCAUUGAGACUAAAUUUCUAAAGGUGUCCUUUGACUUUGCGAGUGCAGUGAGGGUGGAGUUGGCCACCAGCUAUCACAGUGUCGCCUGCGGCCUUUGUGGAAACAUGAAUAAUGACCCUGCUGAUGACCUGAUGAUGCCUAAUGGGAAGCUGGCUUCCAACGCCAAUGAGUUUGGAGUGAGCCAAUGGCUGGCGGACGUGGAGGGCUGUUCCCAUGAGUGUAAAGACUGUGCUCCGCCGCUCCCCCCUGACUUUAAACCCCCCAACUACACAGCCGUCUGUGACAUCAUAAGGGCAAAGGACGGCCCCCUGGCCGACUGCGUGGGCCGAGUGGAUUCCCAGCAGUACCGUGACGACUGUAUCUAUGACAUGGUGCUUAACGAGGGCAAAGAGGAAGCCGCCUGUGACAUCAUCAGUGACUACGUGGAAGAGUGUCAGAGAAAGGGAGGCUGUGUGAAAUCCUGGAGGACCAGGCGCCUCUGCUGGAUGCAUUGUCCAGCCAACAGUUUGUACAGUGUCACAGCUCCUGGCUGUCCAAUCAGCUGCACGUCUCCGUCUCCCCCCGCUGAGUGUGAGAUCCCCCCCAGCGAGGGCUGUGUGUGCAACCCUGGUUACCUGCUGAGUCAGGCUGGCUGCGUGCCCCUGGCUGAGUGCGGCUGCCCAUUCAACGGCCGCUCCGUGGAGUCUGGUCAGACGUUCUACGCCGACUCGGGCUGCCAGCGCCUCUGUGUGUGUAACGGAGGGAUGGUUUCCUGCGAGGAAAAACCCUGCCAAGGCAAGCAGAGCUGUGGAGUGCAGAAUGGAGUGAGGGGUUGCUACGCUGACCUCUGACAUCAUCACAAGAAGGACACAAGAGGGACUUCUCUUCUCUUAAUUUAAUCUAUUUUCUAAGGUGGGAUAUAUCCACUAUGAUUAUAGUUAUAGAUUAUUCUGCAGGGACUGCAUCUCCUUGUUUCACAAGAAAAGAUAUAAAUAGUUCAAUUGUCAAAAAUCUGAUCUUAAAAGGUUUCCUCCUAAUUUAAUGCGUAAUAAAUCAUUUAUCAAUAAUCCAAUCAAUUUCUGCUGACAAAACGUAUUUAUUGCAAUAUUAAUGUUUUCCAGGUUACUUAAUGUACACAGAAUACUUUGUUAUUGUCACUACCACUUGGCCAUGUGACUUCACGGGCGUAGAAUCACCUGAUAACUACUCUGAGACAGUGUGUAAUGUUUGUAGGUCCCCUCCUUCAACCCCCCCCCCAUGAAUAUGCAGUAACAUGUACGGUUUAUUUCAUCUACUCAUUUCUAAAGAUCAUAAAUGUAUUUCAGCAACGUC